CAACAUAGUACAAUCAUUCAAUUCCCAAGGAGAAAUUUCACCUUUGUGAUGGUAAAAAAAUUAUUGGAGGGGGUUGUUUUCACUUUUCAGCAAUAUUCUAUCCAUUUACCUAGAAAGUUUUGCAAGUUCAAAACUCAAAAUGUAGUUUGACCGGGGAGAGGACUAUUUUAUAACAAACCUAGUAAAGUAACCAACCAACUUUCGUAGGUGGAAGGGGAAAAACCCCUCGCUUUGAUCCAAGAAAAUAUCGAAAUAGGCGGUAAAAAAACCCUUGACCUUUGACUUAUGGAAGAGAGUUGUUCACUUGUUCUCUGCUAUAUAAUAAUACUCAGAACAGACUCCUAGUUACCCGCUACUACCACCACUCCUGCAAGAGUCCUGCAACGAACAACAAGGACGCACCCUCUGCUUUCUUCUGCAAAAGAAACAAGGUCGAGGCUUUGGAAUUCAGAAAUGGAGUUAGCAUUUCACAAGGCACAGCUCAACAGCCUUGUGCAGUCCAUGUUUGAUGCGGGAAUUUUGGACAGCCAAUUCUCACAGAUUCAGGCUCUGCAAGACGACGAGAAUCCUGCAUUCAUAGCUGAAGUAAUCUCCUCUUUCUGUCAUGAUGCCGAGAGGAUCAUCAUCGAGCUUAACAAGCACCUGAGCCAUCAAAAUGUGGACUUCUCCAAAAUGGAUGGUUGUCUUCACCAACUCAAAGGAAGCAGCUCCAGCAUUGGCGCAAAUCGAAUGAAGCUUGCUUGCUGCGACCUUCGUGAGGCUUCUGAUGAAAAGAACAAGAGCAGGAGCCUGCAGGCAUUGAACAUUGUCACUCGAGAAUAUUGCCGCCUCAGGGGUCAAUUCCAAACCUUUCUCCAGUUAGAGAGGAGGAUCCUGAUGAUCGAAGCAAGCCAGAAAUAGAGAGGUAGUUGGAGAACUCAGGAUCGCUUAUCAAGUUUCUAUGUACUUCUUAGUUUCCUGUGUUUUCAUUAGCUUUUCUUACCAGAAGUAAAACCUCUGUUAGCUU